AUGGAGGUUUCCAAAGAUCAGAUCGCCGUUCUUCUCGAAAACGGCCUGUACGAGUCCGCUCAAAUGCUGGUAAGGGAUGUCGAAACUGGCGUGCUCUUUGGGGUUACUCGUGCCAGCUAGACUUUACCUCCUUUUGCUUCAGAAUUCGAUGCCUGGUUCGCGCGGAAAUGGAACUAACUUGUAAUCUCACCUCCCGAGACGCCAUUUUCUCUUUCCGGCACAAAAUGCCACCUUAUUCUGUUGACCGGGGGGUGUGUUGUGAAAUUCUCUCGAAAUGAAGGUGAAGGAUAUAAUUCCAUGUAUAGUAUUUUCUGAUGUUGAGGUGGUCACCAAGAUAUUUCUCGGAAGUAUCUUUGCUGGUGUAACUCGACUGUGAUGAUUACCACUUGCUUUUGCUUUUCGGGCUUGAGGAAGUAGAAAAGUUUUCUUCUUUUUUCAUUUAGAGUUAAGUUGGUUUAAGCAAUGUACUUGAUAAUUAAUUUAUCUCGGGUUUAAAUUUUCAUUCGAAGACAUUUCUGUCAUAUAAUUGAAUAUUGACAAACUGAGUAGACAUUGACAACCUGCCUGGCAAUUAAUUGCUUGGUACAGCAGCUGGUUUGUUGGAUUUCAAUCUGCAUGCAGCCCGAUUAUUGCUUUUUUGAUGAUAGAUUCAGUAAUAUUUCUAUUAAAACAGUGCACACAUUUCAUGAAUCGAUGUCAUCUUAAUCCUUUGUGAUCUAAAAACGUGUAAUAGCAAAUAUUAUUUUUGGAGGACGAAAGAGAGAAUAAUUUUACUGAGGGAUAUGAACUUGCGAUCAAGAGUAGGCUGUCCGUCUUGAGGAUGCUGGUGACGCCCGAAAGGAGCUGCUGGGGACCUUUGCGAAUUUUCAUGUCGUAUGCAUCCCAUUGUCUAUCUAUAUGAGAUAUUAUCAAGAGAGAACGGCAUGAUUUAUUGCUUUUAGUGAUAGGAAGACGGUAAAAGGAGAUAAUGGAUUGAACGGAUGAGUUACCUCCUCUCUUUAUGUCGUUCCCCAGAACCAAGGAAAUUCGACUUAAGAUAUGUCGUAUUUUUUCCUUCCUCUGUAAAAACUCAUAUCUUCUUCUUUCUCCCUAAAAGUGAGAUAAAAUAGCAUCUUCUCUACUGUUUUUCCAUCAAAAUAGUAAACUAGGGAUUUUUUGUCUUUUUCAUGUAGCUAGUCAUGUCUUUUAACGAGGAUAAUGAUUUUCUGCCUAUUGUCAAUAUUUCUGGAUAGUUAUAACUCAAUGCUUUGUUCAACAUGCUUUUUUCUUUUUGGAGGUGGGCAGUUCUAUCUCUUAUAAGGAACAAUAAUUUAUUCGUUUACAUUUCUCUCUAAUGACUUUCUUUCUACUCUUAAUUGCGUGCAAAUUGCAACAGGGAUGCUAUCUUGUUUCUUCGGCUGCUGCAAAUGCUGAAAGCAGUCCAUAUCUCAAGGCUGAAGCUUUGGUGCGAUUUGAAGUUCCCAAGAUUCUUUUCUCUCACAUGCUUUUAUUUGCACAGGAAAUGCCCCAUUUCUAAAUUCUUUUAAUAAAAUAUUAAUUUAAAUGGAAAUUAUUCGCGAAAUUAUAUUUUCAGUUGCUACCAGUCUCCUUCAUCUCCUGAUUAGGUUUUACAUCCAAGCUUUAACAUAGGUGGUUGACAUGAAUUGUUACAAAUGUGGUGCUGGAGAUCAAUCUCACCACAACAUUUUGAGCUGUCUACUUGGUUAUUCGAUUUGUUCCUUGGUGAUUGCAUGUCUAGUCACAUUAAUGUAAUUGUGUGCUGUUUUAAUGCCAGUUACAAUCCUUCUAGUUUAGACUACAAAAUAACAUUUUCGACCAAUGACCACCUUUUCGUAAAAUAUUUGAACAAACACUUAAUAUUAUUAUGGCUCAUUCAAUAACUUGUCACGACCUGUAAAAUCCUUAAAAUCGAUGCUGCUGAAAAUUAAUCUUGAUUCUUUCACCCAGUCUCAUCUUACUGAUCUAAAACAGGGUGCUACUUGAUUUGAUAGUUGUAAUUUUUUUUCCGCAUAGCUCACAAUCUCUGAUUCCUAUUUUUUCUGGGAAAUCCCAGCCAUUCAUUUUGCCUGGUAGAAAUCAAUAAAACUUGUUGUCUACUGAUCUUGAGUUGAGAAGGUUCAAUAAGUUCACAAUGCAUGGCAGAUAUCUUUGUCUCGUAGUAUUCUAGAAUUGGGAUAUCAUUAAGCGAUAUGUUAGUUCCUUCAGAAUUCAGGCCUGCUUCUAUAUGGAAGUAUUAUCAGAAUGGAGCUCUUGUUGUUUAUUGCAUGAUGUUAUUCUUUGUAGGCACUCACUUUUUGUAUCACUAUAUUUUCUUUGAUAAAUGGUAUUUUCUUCUUUCAGGUCCUUCAAGGUGAUGCUUUGUAUGAGGAAAAUGAAUUGCGAAGAGCUUUAGUAAGUCUAAUAAAAUAUUCAAUGUGUAGAGUAUUUAGAAUUUUGCAGUCUCCUUAAUCACAAGUGGAGUCUGGAUUUUUGAUGUUGAUAUCUUUCGUUUACAUUCAUCAAUUCGAAUAGAUUCGCAGGUGCUUUGACUCUACUGCUAGAUUAUAACGAAAUAUGGUUUAAUUACAAGGACUUAGAAAUAUCAAGGAUUCAUAGUAAUUGGAACUUUAAAUGCAGCUAGGAUACAUAUACUGAAAAGAUAAACCAAUUUGUCUCACUUCCUAUUUUUUCUUCCAUUCUUUAUUCAGUUUUUGGCUUGACAUCUUGAAAUGAUUUGCAAUGUGUAUAAAAUAAUGACACAUGUCCUUGAUUAUCUUUUUUUAUUGUUGUCAGCACAUGUACAAACAAGCCUUGCAACUUUGUAAGACUAUUCCUAAGCAAACUACACCGGUUUCUAGAAGUUCAGUGACUUCCUCAAACAUGCCAUCUUCUCCCAAUUCUUUGAACGGUUCUACGAUUAAUGAGAAUGAGGUACAGCUUAGUUAGCAGUCUAUACUUCUUGGUUCAUAUCUGAUCUCUUCAUUAACUAUGAAUUUUUGGUGUGGGUUGAUUAGUUGAUUCCUAAAGUGUACUCACCAGUGUCCUGGUAAUAAGGCAUAUCAUCAUCUGAUGAAAUGUAGCAACAUAGUGUGCUAUAGUACGUGUUCCUUUGAUCACAGAUGUGUUUUUUCUUUUACAAAACCUUACCGUUUCUCUUUGUUUCCUUUGGCAGGUUAAAUUCAAGAUAUGUCUUUGCUAUUGCAAAUUAAAUGAGAACCGUGCUGCCCUUGCAGAGGUGUUUCUCCUCGGUCUUUUUCCCAAGUUUUCUUGCUUGCUCCACUUCCUGAAUAUUAUUAACUUUUUUUUUGCCAUCUGCAUCUUAUGGCACAUCAAUUUCAACCAAUCUUUGUACAAUAAGAAAAAAUGAUUUUUUAUGAUAAAGAAGGCAAUUAAUUGUGAGGAGAAUUCCUGGAUAUCAUUUUUACAUUGUACAUUUAUAUUGAAGAUGUUAUAUGUUGCAGCUCUUUUUGUAAGCCAUGCUACAUUGCUCGGCCAUGAAGUGAGAAACCUAAACACACACAGUUCAGUCCUUUAUACAUGAUUAACAUAGAAGAAUAACAUUUUUUUGUAUGGAUUAAAUAUGGAAAGUGGCAUCUAGAUGGGUAAGUGCUUCAGAUGAACACUGUGUUUGGAUUAAAUGUCCCUUUGAUAGAGGUGAGCUCUUUCUCUUUAUUAUAGCCUUGGUAAUUAAUGAACAAUCUUGUGCGAGCUCCUUUUCUCUACCGAUGAGUAUUCAUUAUGCCCCUAUUGAUAUGUAGAUGGAUGGGAUUCCAAGUAAAGCAAGGACUCUUAGAAUGAAUCUCGUAUUGGGAAAGCUUUUACGCAUUUCAAGGCAUAAUCGUGCAUCCAUUGCCUGUUACAGGGAUUGUAUAAGGUAAGGAAACCAGAAUGCUUGAUUACUUGUCGUUCAAGAUCACUUGGAGAAGUUCUCCCGUAGAAACGUUACCAGUCCCACACAAUCCUCAUAUUAUUUUUUUUAUCCUUUCGAUUAAAAUACCCAACACACAUCAACCUGCACCUUUUUAAGAUUUCAUUUCCCUUUUCUUCUAUACUUCUUGUCUUCAACAUGUAAUUUCUUUAUUUUUGUGCAUCGAAGUAUCCUGUUUUAAUGUCUUCUUUUAAUGCUUAUUAAUAUGUUUGAUUUCGUUAUGAUCAUGAUUUUCUGGCUUAUUAACGAUUAGUUUUUGGAAUAUUCAAAAAGCUUGACCGAUUUGACAUACCCAUUAGGUGCAUCAAUCAAUUAUUUCAUGUGACUAGCAAUAUGGGUUGAAUUGAAACCUAGAUUAUCAUGUAGACUUGAUUUGGCACUUUUCAGUUGGUCCGAAUUGAACUGAAGUCAGCUGAGCCUCUUGUUGCCUGAUUGUCUUGGAGAAUCCUAAAGAAAAGAAUUAUUACCCAAGAUAUUGAACAAACUUAUCACCUAAGUUCGCUUUCCUGAUCUUGUGUUCUUUUGACUAAUAUAUAGAACUAAGAAAGGUGUAGUAGGCCAGUAAUAAACUUAAAAAUUGCUUCAGAAAUAUCCACCAACUAGUCAAAGAAUAGAACUAAGUGUCCAGUCUGUUCACAUCCCAUAUUGUGAUAGCUCUAUCUUUUUGUGUCUGUGUGUGUAUUCAGUUACGGCUAAGCAAGUACAUGUUUCCAGAUACUUCUUUCUUCUCAUUUUUCUGUUUCUCAGCUUAAUCGCAUUUAACAGUCUUCAGUGUUUGUUUGUUACAGGCAGUGUCCUUACGUUUUAGAAGCCAUUUCUGCUUUGGCUGAACUAGGAGUCUCUGCCAAAGAUAUCCUGGUUCUUUUUCCACAGGUAUGAAAUAUUUCUCCUGAUUUGCUGGCAUUUGAUGACUGGAUUAUGAACAUAAGCUGUCGCCUGCAAAUCCUAUUAAUUUGUUUUCUAUUUUGCUUUUAUUUCAUCAUUUUGGUAUAGUCUUCAAGAAUGAGGUAGCCUGUAAUUUUAGGAUUUUCGUUGCUUUCCUUUGUCCUGUGGUCACAUUUGUUCCUGUCUGGACGUCAUUGAGUGGUUGGUUGGCAUGGAGACCUAGGAGCAUGGGAAAAUGGUGAGUUGGUUGGUUAUUAAUAGGGGUUUUACGCCUUUUUCCUUCUUAUCUCUUCUCUCCAGUGGUCUAUUUCAAGGAUCAUUAAUCAGAUCAGAUCCUAGUUUUGACAUUUCUGAUCUCGUUCUGAGCCUGUUCAAGGAUUGAUCUCUUGGAAGAUCAGUUUCAUUUAAGUGAAAAACAUAGAAAAAACAAAAGAGGUACGUUAGAAUAUUAAUUUGUAAAAUGUAUUUUAAAUAAAACACUUUUAAAAGGAUAUUACGGAAAAUUUCCCAUGAAUUUUUUUCGUUGGUCAAUGGUGGGGGAGACCAAAUAAAGAAGAGAAAAGGAAGAGGAGGUAGCAUGUAGCACCAAGUUGCUGUAAAUUUUAUUCUUUUCUUCUUCAUGAUUUCUAAUUCUGCUUACUUUUGUGAGGAUAAUGAAGAUUUCUGCAUCCUAAAGCUGCCUCCUCUUUGCUGUUUUUUUCUUUCUUUUCUUUUUUACAUUUCCUAUUCUUCUGGUUCUUCUUGGAAUAGUGAAGACUAUGGUGUUGGAAUCCCCAAUUUUGCAUACCAGGCUUGUAGUUCAACGAUUAUAUAAGAGCAAAGUUAGGAAAUACUGCAUUAGAUGUUAAAACCUUGUUGGCUUCUUUGGAGUCUUGACGUGUGAUUGGAGGGUUUUUUGGAGGAUUUUGAACGUUGUAGGUGCCAUUUAACAUAUGAGCAACUGAACAGCACCUCCUUAAUCUUUUUUCUUUUUGCUCUUGAUGCGUCAAAGUGACAAGUAUUCUUGAGUUUUCUUGUUGACGCUCAUGCAAACCGUAAUGUUAUUAGUUGCCCUUAAAGUGAAUCUCUUAAUUGUCGUGUGCCUAUAUCUUGAUAGUACAAAAAGUUGAUCUUAUUUAAAUAAUCAGACUGUGUUGGUGUGAGAUGGCGAAGAAUGACAAGAGUAGGUUUGGAUCACAAGUCACUGGACUGUGCAUAAUUCUAUUAGUAUUUUUAGUCGAGAUAACACGCGGUCUGGAGCUCUGAUAGGGGCCCAGCACUCGUGGAAGAGGAACUCUAACUUUAUUGAUCAAAAACUGUUUACAAGGAGAGCGGGAUCUAGUAUUUAUACAAGAUCCCUAGAAAGUUCUAGACACACAUGUAACACGAAAUGAAAGGUACAUGAGGACAUAUAUGUAGACUUGUAAGGUUAACAUGUUAUUAAGUACAUCUCGACAACACUCCCCCUUGAGGUGGUGAAUGGAUGUCAUCCAUUCCUAGCUUGGGAAUAAUCUUCUACAAUUGUGUCCCCGAGAUGCCUUUAGUAAGCAUAUCUGCCAACUGUUUAUUUGUUGGAAUGUAUGAUAUACAAAUCACAUUGGCCUCAAGUUUCUCUUUGAUGAAAUGGCGAUCAAUCUCCACAUGUUUGGUACGGUUAUGCUGUACUGGGUUGUGCACUAGAUUGAUUGCUGACUUAUUGUCGCAAUAAAUCGUCAGAGGACUGAAUAAAGGAAUUUGUAACUCGUCAAGUAAGUUCUUGACCCAAAGUAACUCACAUAUUCCUUGGGCAAGUGCCCUAAUUUCAGCCUCAGCUCUUGAUCGAGCAACUACAUUCUGUUUUUUACUCCUCCAAGUGACCAGGUUGCCACCAACAGAAGUAAGAUGACUGGAGGUUGCUUUCCACUUCGUUUAAAAAGAACCCCUUUUGUUGGUGUGCCUUUCAAAUAAUGUAGCACUCGGUAGGCAGCAUGUAAAUGACACUCUUUAGGUUGAUGCGUAAAUUGGCUCAAUAUACUCACUUGAUAUGAGAUAUCCGGUCGAGUGUGUGUUAGAUAAAGUGGUCGGCCAAUGAGACGUUGAUACAUCUCACGGUUAAUAGAAUUUUCUUCAUCUGCCAUACACAAUUUCUGGUUUGGAUCAAUAGGUGUAUUGGCUGGUUUACACCCAGAUUUCCCUGUUUCAGCUAACAAAUCUGUUAUGUACUUUUGUUGAGAAAUAAAAAUACCUUUAGAAGAAUAUGCCACUUCGAUUCCUAAAAAAUACUUGAGUCGUCCCAAAGUCUUGACAUCAAACUCUUGGGCCAAACAAUUGCUCAAGUUUUGGAUCUCUCCUUCAUCAUUUCCUGUGAUGAUAAUAUCAUCAACAUAAACUAAUAGAACUGUAACUCCCCUUGAAGAAGAGUGUUUAAAAUUUAAUGUGUGAUCAGGAUUACUUUGUUUGUAAUUUAGUUUCUUCAUGGCUACUAUAAACCUUCCAAACCAUGUGCGUGGAGACUGUUUGAGGCCAUAAAAGAAUUUCUUUAACUUGCAAACAAGAUUAGAUGAAUGAUUACCCUCAUAUCUUGGUGGAAGAGUCAUGUAGACUUCUUCAACCAAAUCAUCAUGCAAGAAUGCAUUUUUAACAUCAAAUUGUUGAAUAUUCUAGCUGAAAAUUGCUGCUAAGGACAGUAAAAAGUGAACUUUAUUCAUUGUGGCCACUGGUGCAAAAGUUUCUUGAUAAUCUAUUCCACAUACUUGUGUAUAAUCCUUAGCCACCAGCCGAGCUUUAUACCUCUCAAUCGAACCAUCUGAUAUAUAUUUCACUGUGUACACCCAUUUGCAACCAACAGUCUUCUUAUCUCGUGGUAAUUCCACUAGAUCCCAUUUCUGAUUUUUUGCAAGAGCUCUCAUCUCCUCAUCUAUGGCUUAUUUCCACUUAGGAUUGGAUAGAGCCUCUAAGUGAUUUUUUGGAAUGGCAGUGGUGUCUAAGGAUGCAAGGAACGAUUGAUAGGGUGAAGAAAGUCUGUGAUCAGACAGAAAAUUGGCAGUUGGGUACAAGGGUGUUUUUAUACACUCUCUUAUAGGUUUGCAUUGGGCAAUAGGAAGUGAAUCAUGAGGUUGGACUGCAGGAUCAUUAGAUGAAGGAGAUGUUAAUGGCUGUAUAUUUUCUUAGGCUAGAUCAGAAUCUUGGAUUUUUGGUGAAUUGUGAAUUUCCCUUUGCCUAGAAUAAACCUUGCCAAACCUUAGGUUUUCAGGAAGCGAAUUCAAUAUAAGACUGGGUAUUUCAGGGACUGAAAUGGGAAUAAACAGGUUACCAGCUGAAGAUGAGAGUGAAGAAUCUAUAUGUUGAUCCAUAUGAGCUGUAGAAAAUAGAUGUUGAUCACUGGAUGAAGAUUCUUUAAAAUAAGAAUCAGAUUCAUGAAAUGUAACAUCCAAUGAAAUAAAUUUUUUUAUAGGAGGGUGGUAACAUUUGUACCCCUUUUGAUUGGUAGCAUAACGAAGAAAUACACAUUUAAGUGAUCUCGGUUCUAGUUUGCCUUUGGUUUGAUUAUGAACGUGAACAAAAGAGACACAACCAAAUGUCUUAGGUUCUAGCCUAGUUUUAAGUUGAUGGUUUGGGAAAAACUUGGCUAAUGAAUCUAACAGGCUGAAAAAGCCUAAGGUUCUAGAUGGUAAUUGGUUGAUGAGGUAUGUGGCUGUUAGAACAACCUCCCCUCAAAAAACUUUAGGUACAUGAUGCUGAAAUAAAAUUGGUCAAGUGACUUCUAAAAGAUGACGAUUUUUUCUUUCAGCUAAACCGUUCUGCUGUGGGGUAUAGACACUGGAGAAUUCAUGUAUGAUGCCCUCUGUUUGGAAGUAUAAUUCAGAUUUUGGCUAAAAUACUCUUUAGCAGUAUCAGAUCUGAAUUUUUUAACACUAGUACCAAACUGAUUUUUUAUUAUGGCACAAAAAUUUCAGAACAUCACAUACAUCAGAUUUUUGUUUGAGAAGGAAGACCCAUUUACAUCUUGUACAAUCAUCAAUGAAAGUGGCAAACCAUUUACUACCACGAAUGUCAUUAAUGGGACCUGGUCCCCACAUGUCACUAUGAACUAGGAAGAAAGGAACAUCACUCUUUUCCCCUUGAGAUUGAAAUGAAGUACAUGUGUGUUUAGAAAGUUCACACACAUUAAAUUUAAGAGUGUCUAAUGACACCUUUCGAAACAAAGUAGGAAAAACUAUUUUCAAAGUGCUAAAGGAUGGAUGACCCAUCCGUUGGUGAAGUAAUCAUAUCUUAAGCACAUCUUCUAGAGGUUCUAAAGAUUGAUCCGCUUCCACUAGGUGUGUUUGGCUCAGUACUUCUAGAAGAUAAAGACCUUCACACUCUCUAGCAACUCCAAUCCUCCGAUGAUGUACCUUAUUAAAUAUGACACAAACAUCUUCAUCAAAAAAGACAUGAUAAGAUAACUGAAAUGAGGUUUGUAAAUAACUUGGGGACAUGAAGAACAUUAGUAAGAACCCCUAGAGGUUCAAGUCUAAUGUCUCCUAUACUUGUGACGGUUAGAAAGGAUCCGUCUACAGUAGUCACUUUUCUGUCACUAGGAUAGGGGUUAUAUUUGGUUAAAAGGCUGGGGGAGUUGGUCAUGUGGUCUGUUGCUCCUAAGUCUACUGCCACUGCCCAAUUAUUAAAAAUAUCUCUAGAAGAAACUCUAACUCCAAGAGAGUGGUGAAACAUACCAGGUUGAGUUGAUGAGAACUGUAUCACUGUCAACUUCAGUUUUUCUAACUCAAUUCGAAGUCGCUCUAUAUCCUCAAUUUGGGAAUUUGAAGACUGGCUAGUCGGUAAUCCUGUUGCCAAUGUGAUUGACUACCAUAUUUUUCAGUACCAAAAUUUUGUGGUUUACCAUGUAGUUUAUAACAUCUGUCUCUAGUGUGCCAAGCUUUCCUGCAAUAUGUACACCACAGAUUAUCACAAAAAUCAGUCUUCUGAUUUCUUCCUUGGCUAUUCUUGGGCUGUUUAGCUUGAUCUGAAGCUUUCUUCAUAAUUUCUCCUUGUUUAAUCAUAAAUACAGUAUUGUCAACUUCAAGCACUGACAACAUUAAUUUCCGACGACUUAUUUAAAAUGAUGGAAAUAGCUUCAUCCAAAUCACAUUUCCUUUCACAGCUCAAAAUCUGUUGUCUGACUUGAUCAAAAACAGAAUGAAGUCCAGCCAAAAAAAUUUAAACACUCUUCUUCAUUUUAUAAAAUGUCAUAGGACAACAAUUUCUGCAGGUUUUUCUGUAUCAAUGCUGAGAUAAUAAUCGAUUUCCUGCCAUAAAUUUUUCAGUUGUCCUGUAUAUUCCAUCAUAGAUUUAUUUCCUUGAAUUGUGGACAUGGAUUUUGUCUCAAGUUCAUAUAAAUGUGCCUCAUUAUUUCUUUGUGAGAAUUUCGUGUGAACUGUUUCCCACAUAUCUUUGACUGUAGAUAGAAAGAAAAAAUCUCGGCCAAUUUGGGGAAUCAUUGUUCCCCAAAACCAGGUUUUAAUUAAUGCAUCUUUUUCUCUCCAUCUACGAAAUUCUCGAGACAAUGGAUCCGGUUUCCCCUCAAUCAAAUGAUGUAACACCCCUCUUCCAGUAAAUACCUCUCGAACAUAUUUUGACCAUCGAAUCAAAUUGUAUCCAGUCAAUUUGAACUCUGCUGGCAUUGCAGGAAGUUCUAUGACUAAUCUUGGACCACUUGGACCAAGAUUAACUUCCCUUGUGGAGAUUGGAUCCCCCACAGAUGAUGAAGAAUUGUCUCCCACAUUCUCCAUUUACAGAAGAUGUCCAAAUUCACGAAAAAUCAAAUUCGUGAAAAAGUCUCAAUAGAGACAAGAAAAACGGUGCAAGAACUGUAACAGACCAGUAGAUCAGUGCGGAAGCAAAGAAAUGGAGCGAUCACACCUGGAUUCGCUCUGACAGAAACACAGCUAAGAAGAAGAUCCCUUGCUGGAAGUGUACGGCACCUGUAACUCCAGCAGACGAUUGAGAGAACGCCAACAAAGCAGUGUCAACUGUGACGGUGCUGAAAAAUAGGGUUUAAAAACCCUAGAAUGGCUUUGAUACCAUGUAGUCAAGAUAAGACACGGUCUGGAGCUCUGAUAGGCACCCAGCACUCGUGGAAGAAGAAUAACUUUAUCAAUCAAAAACUGUUUACAAGGAGAGCGGGAUCUAGUAUUUAUACCAGAUACCUAGAAGGUUCUAGACACACUGAUGUAACACGAAAUGAAAGGUGCAUGAGGACAUAUAUGUAGACUUGUACGGUAUACAUGUUAUUAAGUGCAUGUGGACAACAGUAUUGUUUGUUGAUUGCAGUGAAGUUGGAACUGCUGCACCUUUCUACUUUGUGCGUUUGUACAAAGGAAAUAUUAUGUGAAGUUUCUGUUGCAUUUUACGAAUGAAGCUUUUGGUAAUAUCUACUUUAGAAUUUCUUUGGCCUUAGUUUCUAAAGGAUGCUGAUGGUUAAUGAUAAAUGCAACUUUAUAUUAUUACGAACGGGGCAAAGCAAUGAUGAAAUAACUGGGGAAAGCAAAUGAACGUUCCUGUCUGCUAAAGGUCUAGUUGCUUCACACUUAUGGAAAGUAGAUCCCCUUGACACUUCCCACAAGCAUUUCUUCUGGGCACAGAACUGUCAUACCGCAGGAAUUUUCAGACUGCUAUUCCAAUAAGGAAAUUGUAGGCCGUCGGGAUGACUACAAUACGAGCCAUCUGUUAUCAUCCCGUCAUCUUUUUAUAGGACAAGGAGAAAGUAUAUUCCUACAAAAUUUCAAUACGGGGUUGGUUCUUCAAAACUGUUCCCCCUCUUGGAUUCAUUUUGAACCUUUUAUAAUGUGUACACGGUUCUGAUGAUUGCUAUAUCAUAUUUAUAGUCCCUCUGUAUACCUAUAGAAUUAACAUUGAUGCUAAUUAUUUAGUCCUAUGAAUAUUUUUUAGCAGGGAAUUACCAAGAUGUCGAACAUCAUCAUGGGAAUUUUUACACUGAUACUUUUCCAUGUCUCUGUACUGACGCAUACUCUGGCAGAUUUUUAGGAACCUAAUGUAUUUUUGUUGCCUCUAUAGACAGUAAUACAUCUUCUGAAAAUUUGUAGACACCGAACAGAGGAAGGCUGCCUCUUGAUCACUCUGACACAGGUCGUUGGUUACAUGUAGGUACCGGCUAAUGUUCUUUUUCGUAUUCUUUUUAUGCAAUAUAUUUAUCGUUCUAGCUUUUCUCCAUAAAAAUGAUCUGUUCAAGUGUGUUGUAGUGCUGUGAAAGCCAUUUACCCAUCAGACUUGACUUCCAAUCGGUCUUUGUUUUUUGUUCUUUUGAAGGUUAAACAAGCCCACUUUCACGAAAGGAGCACAAUUGUAAAUAGAACAACAUAUGAAAAAUAUAAUAAGAUCAUAACGUCCUUAUCUCAUCUGACAAGAUUCUCGUCAUGUUAGAAGGAAAUCAGCACAAAAUAUUCUGCCUUCCAUUUCUCUUUGACAGUAUAAGUAGAUAUGGUGCUUAUCUUCAUUCCUUUAGAUCUUCACUUCUAGUGGAUCUUAGCUUUGUUCAUGAUCUCUUACAUGCAUUUCAAUUCAUACUUAAUAAUCUAUUGUUCUUUCUCCUAAUUUUCCCCAGCAUUGCUGGUUAGAGCAUGAUCCAGCAUACAGUAUCCAUGAGCGCUGGAUAUAUAUCCACCGCUCAUGGAUACUGUAUUGUCUGAUAAUCCACAGGUGGAAAUUUGUGCUUGGAAUGUUAUAUUUAAAAUUAUCUCCAUUGUCAUGGAAUCAACGUAAAAUUGUGAUUAUCCAACAAAGUAGAAGUUUGUUCGAAUUUCUAAAUGAUAUCGUUUGCUGGGGGUCCUUUUCUCACCUAUUUGCGUAAUAUUCUGUUUCUUAGUUUCUGUUUCAUAUUCCUCGUAGUGCAGUACCAAUAUUAUUUCUUAAGAUAAAAGGAGAAAGGAUAAACAAUAACGGUUUUUUUGGAUCCGUUUGCCAAUUAUCACCAUUGUUACUGUUGUCCAGCAGAUGAAACAUUUGAUUAGAGCAUUCUGUGCAAGAGAUCUAGUUAAUCGCUUGAUACAACUAGAGUGGCAGAAGUAUCAUUCACAAUCUAAAUGAAGCCGUAACUAUUAAGGUGGCAUUGUGAAUAAAUAGUAUUAUCAUGUCGCGUUUCUCAUUGAUGCCUUAUAUGCUAACUGGUUUUGAGUCUGCUACGUUUUGUAUUUCAUUAUUUUUCCAGCUUUCUUUACUCCAGUGAUGACGUUCAUCUUAAAAGAAGAAAACAGAAAGGAUGACAUGGGGAAAUCAACAGUUGGCUAUUUACACGAAAAACUGAUCAACUCAUAUGUUCUGUUGAGCAGACCUAAUAUGUUACUUCUUUUCACUCCUUUAUUUCAGGUUGCUUGAACCUUAUACCCUGUCUGUAGAGAAUGGUGUGAAUGUCUUGUAAUAGUUUUCUCAUUUGUAUUUUGACUUAUGUGGAAGAUCUAAAGAGUCCUACCAGAAAUUUGCAUAUCUGUUAACCAAUUAAGUUAAAUUAUGUCUCCUGGAAUAGUUAAAUGAUAUAUGAUGAAAGAUGACUCCCAUUAGACUAGGUCUAAGAUGUGCGCUUGUCUUCUCUUCAUUACAGUGUCACAAGUAUAGUUCUCUUUGUGGUGUUUUGGCUAUUCUGAUCCCAAGGUAGAUAUAAGAUGAGGAUAUCAUGCAACAUAGCUGUACACUUUUUCUCUCAUUUUCUCAUGUGAUGUUUAAUACAUUGUCAAAUUCAAUUGCUUGUGGAUAGUGGAAAAUAUAGAGCUUGUCUUAACUCAAUGCAUCUUCUUUUCAAAGUUACUUUUUAUACUCUGAUGGUUUUCUGGAUAGUGGUGACUGUAAUGUUCCGGUGUAUGAUGUGCUUCUUGCUGCAUGAGUGACCUGUUAUAGUUUCUUAGUCAUCUGGACAUGCAUGGUGGGCCAUUUGUCUUAUGCCUCAUGCCAUUGCCUUUCUUCCUGCUUACAACUGUUCUAAACUCACUCUAAUCAAACCCCACGUCCAUUGGAAAAAAACUCCCCGAGUUGCUUGGUUUUGUGUGCAUCCGAUAAAUGCAACAAGAUUCUGUAAGGAUUGCUGUGAUUCUUUGCCAUAACUACACAAUUUCUUCGCUGUUUUUCACAUUUCCUGCUGAUCCCAUUCUCUUCUGUACUGUAAUAUUGUUUAUUUGCUAAUAUAUGAUCUCAUCAAUGUUUCCCCGAUUUAUUGAUAAUUUUUGUAAGGGUUAUCAUUUUUUCUUUACAGUUUUAGCUGCAUAUUACCAUUUAUAUCUGAUUCAUUUGUACGUUAAAUACUGCAGCGAUAUGUUGAGGCCCAAUGCUGCAUUGCUUCCAAUGAUUAUAAAGGUAUGCUGACUUCAUUGGGACAUUUGCUGAUGGUUUCCGUUUACCUCGUUUAGAGUGACUGAGAAAACUCGGUUUGAUUAAAUAUUCGUCUAGUUGUCUGCACGAUAUUUUUUUUGUGCUGUAUGCCUGGAAUUUGAUGAAUAGAAAACGCUAAUCUAUAUUCAGUGAAGACACUCUGUAAAUAAAAACCUGUGCAGAUUUUUAAUUUCGAAUUUAUUAUGUGUCACGAUUAUAUCACUUUGCCAUAUUCAUAGCACGGAGAACAUGGACAAAGUGUGAACUAGACGCUAUCUCUGAUAUCACUUUCUGCAUAAGAAGUUAUGAUUUCACUCUUUUACAAGUUGGAAACAAGCCAUGAUCACAGUUCUCGAUAAUUUUCUUGUUAUUAGGCUGUUAUUAUUGCGUUUAAUGCUCCUUUCUUGUUUUCUUGUCAGAACUCUAUUAGAUUUUCUUGCUGUCUAACUGAUAAUGAUAGCAAUCAGGCAUUUAUUUCUGGGGGAUUCUUUUUAUCUACCGAUUAAUCUGUCAUUCAAUGGAAUGCCUAUUGGAGAUUGAACGUCAAUUGCACUCUUGCAGAAAGUGCAGGAUUUCUGGUCAUCUGCUAAUUGUCCUUGGUUAAAUGACCUUAGGCUUUUUCUGGGUGAUAUAUUAUGCCAUGGUAUUGGUACACUUUUAUUACCAUCUCAUGAAUAUCUGGGAAGUCUUAGUGCACUUUUGUUCUCUUUACUCUAACUAAAAUCUUAAUGCUUUGAAUGCCUACCGUGUAAUUUAUUAUUUGAAACUGAAAUUUUGACGUCGGAACCCAUACAUCUCUGUUUUGCAGGUGGUCUUGACAAUUUUUCUGAACUUCUACAACGAUUUCCUAACAAUGUUCAUAUCUUAUUGGAAAUUGCGAAGGUUCACACUUUCUCUCACAAAUGAAUGUUUAUAUUGUUCUGUUUCGGUGAGAAUUUACUGACUUGGAUAAAGAGGAUGAGAAGAAAUUCUGUACGCUAGAGUUUGUGUUUUGUUUUUGAAGGUCAACUGAGUCAUGAAUUUGGGUUUUCGAGAAAUUCUGAUUUUUUCCCAUCCCAAGUUUGCAAGUGCAGAUAUAUGAAACUCGAAGCACAUAGGGGAAUGGAUAUAUUUUUGUGCCCGGAAUUGACUGUUAGAAACACGAUGCUUGUUCUCCUUUCCAAGUUUGCUAGUUCAGAAAUAUGAAAUUUUCAGCACACUGGGAGGGGCUUGCCUUUGGGUUCUUUCCAAUCAUUCUGAUGUUAGUUGAAUCGAUUUUCAAGGUUUCUACCUUCCUAUCUAGUUUGAUUGUUCCUCCAUGCAUCCGUGGGAUAGAUAACCUUACUGAUUCCCGUGAGGAUUCAUGCAUAUGCGAAGUUAAAAAGCCAAGGUAGAUUGUAACGGUGAUUUAAAGUUAACAGAUCUUGUUUAAACCAACGCGACUUAUUCUCAGCAGUCAAAAAAUUGGUGGUGUAGCGUCCUAGUGUCUACGUACUAUAAUGGAUAGUGGUGCUCAUGAGCAAUCGCUUUCUUUUUAGGGAUAUUUUUGUUGAAUUCUGUCGAAUGUAUUUUUUUAAAUGUUAUUUUUAUUUAAGCAUUAGAUAAAUGUCGGCUAUAUCACCUGCACUUAAAUUAGCAAUACGGGAAAUAUUUUGGAAAUCUGGAGCCCAUUUUCUGGGCUUUUGAUGGGGCUAGUGCCCAGGACCUUGCCUUCUCAAAGAUGUACUGACUGGGGCUGGUCUUGGGAGAGAAUCUUGAGAAUGGGCCUAUGUAACUCUUCAUUGUUCCAAUGAACCACGUUAGGAGACAAAUAAGGGAAAGUUGAAUCGGUUCCUUUCCUGUCCUUUUUCUAACUUAAUGACAGUUUUCAGGUCCUCAACCCAUAACUUAAUUAGACCAAUUUUUAGUCUGGCCUCGUCAAGCGUUUUGCUAUUCUUUUUUACCAUUAUUUUUUAUAAGAAAUACACCUGCUGAAUUUUAAGGGUCCAAAUCACCGAACAAGGGAGUUUUCAUGAUGGUAACUCACCUAAUUAUACAACAAUCACAGGAAAACAAAUCAUACUUCCACAAUUUUCAUUAGAAAAUGGAAUAAAUGAAUUGUAAGAGCUUUAGAAGCUUAGAUAUGAGCUCAUCUUCUUCUUUGACGAUAGGUGAGUUAAUUGAAUGUUUUAGGAGAGAACUAAAUUUUGGAGUUAGUCUUCAGUAGAGAGCCUUUCAGAUGUUUCAAUCCUCUUGUAUUGAAUGUUUUAAGGAAUGACUUUUAUUGAGAGGUCGAAGUUCCUCUCGGUAGAGAGCAAAUCGGUUUCUGUCAGAUAUAUGAUGCCCGUUUUCAAAUUUUCUUCGACUAAAGCAGUGAAAUUUGAAUCCAUUUGAAAUGAUUUUGUUUCGAAUGGGAGUAAUGAGGAUGUGAAACCGUUGCGUGCUUUACAUUAGGCUAGACUCUGAAUUACGCAAAAUCGAGGGGGAUGAUUUGGUGAAAUUUCACCUAUUCAGCUUUGUCUAAGAAAAUAGGUUGCUUUUUUUUAAUAUGAAAUAGAGAAUACUUUAGGAAUGGGAAUGAAUGAGAUGGUGCAUCAUUGAUGAAAUGGGCUGCUUUUUCUGUGGACUGCACGGGAGACUGUAAACUACAUUUUUUCUUUAGAUUGUGUAUUAUUUAGGUGGUAUGAAUGUUUACUUUCAGCAUAGUACAGCUUCAGAUUGUUGAGUGUUUAGUGUUUAGAUAUGUAUGAAUAGCUGCAGAAAUAGGAUUGCAUCAACCAGUUUUACACUAAGUUACAUUGGUAGACCAGGUCUUUGCCAGAUAUUCUUUGGGCCUUCUUUGUGGGAAAGGGACAAAAGAAGGUCAUAUCAGAGUUGUAGAGCUUUACGGUACUUAUUAAAAAGCACUUAUUAGUGGAUUCAAGCUAAGGAAGAAUAUUUUAGUGGGCUUAUAUUUUAUUUUGCAUUUUAUAGCAUUUUCAUUGGUGCGUGUUUUAGCCCAUGGGUACGCUGAUAACUUCACUUUCUUCCAUUCUUCCGGAUUUUAAUUUUUUUUUUCUGGUUUGUUUUAUUAAAUAGAUUAGAUCUUUUUUCUAUCCUUGGGAUAGUCUAUUGUAGACUGGCUACUUUUCUUUAGGGUAGACUGAAAAUUCCAGUUUUUUUAGAAAAACUUUAAUUUAACUGAACCAGAAAACAUCUUUGACUAACUGUGCAGGUUGAAGCCAUUAUCGGGAGAAACGAUGAAGCAAUUAUGAAUUUCGAGAAGGUAUGCUGACAAAAAAUGUGUUUAUGAUAUAUUCUCCUCUACAUUGCCUGCUGAGUCUGGACCUGAUAACUCACAGGUCCGAUCUAUCGAUCCUUAUGUGAUGACUUAUAUGGAUGAAUAUGCCAUGAUUCUUAAAGCAAAGUCUGAGCACUCCAAGUUGAACAAGCUGGUGCAUGAUUUGCUGGUUAUUGAUCCUAAAAGGGUCGAAGUUUCUGUCACUCUAUCUGUACUAUGGGAGAGAAAAGAUGAAAAUAAAGCUCUGGCUUAUGCUGAGAAGGUUAAGUCAAACAAAGACAUUCAUGAGCUCUUUGUUUUUAUAUGCACAUUUUUAACAUUUGAUCAACCUUUUCCUUGAAUUUUGUUUUAUUUUUUAACAUUCAGAGUGUCAGAAUGGAUGAUAGGCAUAUAGCUGGACAUGUUAUGAAGGUAUCAAAUGAUUAGAUGCUUUCACGUGUUCUCUUAUUGUUGAAUGUUAUGAAUGCUUUAAGGUUCGUCUCUUUCAGCAUGCUAUAUUUCUGUAUUUUUUUCCUUUAAUUAUGAAGGGUAAUCUUCUGCUGCAACUAAAGCGGUCAGAUGCAGCUGUGACUGCCUUCAGGGCAGCACAAGAGCUUAGGCCCGAUCUUCGCUCCUAUCAGGGUAAUUUCUGGGUAAACCGUUAAUACAUCCCGAUUCAACAUUUUCUGGUCAUAGAUGAACAUCCAUGCGAAAGUUUCCAUUUCCGCAGGUCUAGUUCGUUCUUUUCUGGCACUUUCGAAAACAAAAGAGGCACUUUAUGCUGCCCGUGAAGCAAUGAAGGCAAUGCCACAGUCUGCAAAGGCUCUUAAAUUAGUUGGUGACGUCCAUGCUAGUAAUCCUGGGGGAAGAGAAAAGGUAAGUUUUCGUAAUCGGUAGUCAAGUGGGCAUGCUGUUUCCUAUUGGGCCCUUCAGUUUUUGGUUUCAUUUGAUGAUCAUAUCAGAAUGGAAAUUCAUUUGGUGCCGGUUGACACAGCCUUGUCCUUGUGCUGAGAUUACUAACUCUGCGGCCUUAGGGACCUUCACUCUUAGAUAUAUCCCCAGCGUCAGGGUAAAAACAACAGAGAUAUACUAAACUUCCUUCUAACGCACCUUAGAGGUAGAAAUAGCCAUAUGAGACCUAUUGUUCCGCUUUCAACUCCAUUUUGACCUUACGGUGAAAGUCAAUCCACACACUCGCUCUGUAUUGGGGCGAAAAUUAGGUUUCACAUAAUUAUUAUGUUCCAGGUUGUGCCAUCAUGUCUAUCUGUCAGCAUAUCGUGACUCACUGUUGGGAGCCACUGUAGGUUCUUUUCAGAACCUUGAUUAAUUUCACUUGAUGGAAAGAAGUUCCUAUUUACUACUAGUGCUCAUACUUGUCCUGGCCCAUUCAUGCUAUGUGCUGGCCAAUUUGGAUCCCAGUUGGCACCUCCUAAUCAUUCCAUUAAACGACUCCAUUGCAAGUUUCCUUUUUUUUUUCUUUCAUGUGUCUAUGAUUUGCUGCUUUUCAGACUGUUUCCUUAGACUACUUACCUUUACCUUUACAGGCGAGGAAGUUCUAUGAGUCUGCUCUUCGUCUUGAGCCUGGUUUUCUUGGUGCUGCUUUAGCAUUGGCUGAGCUUCAUGUUGUCGAGGGACGGAAUAAAGAUGCUGUUUCACUCCUUGAACGUUAUCUCAAGGAUUGGGCUGAUGAUUCUCUCCACAUAAAGUUAGCCCAAGUUUUUGCGGCAACAGAUGUGCUGUCAGAGGCAUUGUCACAUUAUCAAGCAGCACUGAGGUUUCUUUCUAUCAUUAUUAUUUUACAUAAAAUAAAGGGUACACCUUCCUUGUUUCAAGCAUCUACUUCGAACGUUUGAACUGGGAAAUUUUUGGCACCAGUCCUUCGUAUAUGUCAGGCUGGUGUUUAUAGAUCUUAAUGUGAAAAUAUUGAGUCAUAAUGAAUCUCUCAUUGCACAAGACCCAGAUAUAUAAUAGACAUCACUUCGAAAUAGUAUACUACAGAAACAUGCAGUACCUCAAUCCAAAUGUAGUCAACGAGUUGAACAGUUUUUUUCAGUCCUUUUGGGUUUUUUCACUGUGUGAUGAAAUUCCCUUUGACUUGACUUCUCCUCGAGGUUUUUUUUCCUGUGCUUACUGUCGAGUUCUUCAGCAACGUUUUAUAAAGCUCUGGUUCAGAAGGUCUUUUCUCAAGGAACUUGCAUUCAUUGGAGGAUUUCUUCAAGUUUUCCGUUUUUAGUUCACUUCUCUUCUUCAAUCUUCACCAUACCUGUUAGGAUUCUACAGGGAACAGAGAUGAAUAAAUCAGUCCAACAUCUGGAUGCAGGCCAAGUUUUUCACUAUAUAGUUUUUCAUUCUGUGAACUUUGAGGAAGUUUUUCGUUUCAAAGACCGGAUUCAAUUGAAUAGUCCUGUUUCUUUCUCUGCUGCACCCAGAAUUAAUCCUCAAAAUGAAGCUGCAAGAAAAGGGCUAGAGAGGCUAGAAAAGCUGAUGAAGGUUUGUCUACCCUUUAACUACUGUACUUCAUUCAUGUGUUUUAAAGCUAGUCGGUCUCCCCUAUUUCCCCCACAUAUUUCGUAUCUUCCAUUUUUUUCAGCAUUCUUCAUCUAAUAAUUAUAUUAUAUAAUAAUUCUCAAUUUGACAACUCUUACAGGGACUGGAUCCUGAUGCACCUGAAGAGGACGAAGACAAUGAGGUUGAAGAUGCCGAUGGAGAUCAGGAAGAGGCUGAACUUUUGUAG